UCAUCUGACGCAAAGGGCAGGGCCUCAGUUGUGGACGUUGGUGGAAAGCUCGUCACUCACCAUUCAGCUGUUGCCCGUGCCGCGGUCCGGCAUGGGGAGAAGGCCUUUAAGCUGGUGAGCCAGAACCAGCAAGCCAAGGGCUAUGCUCUGACGGUAUCGCAGAUAGCUGGCAUCCUGGCAGCCAAGCAGACAAGCAGCCUGAUCCCGCUGUGCCACCCGCUAACCCUGGACAAGGUUAACGUCUCUCUGCAGCUGGAGGAGUCUGGGUGGUUUGCUGCCAUCAAGGCGACCUGCCUGACCAGCGGGCGCACAGGGGUGGAGAUGGAGGCACUGACUGCAGCCUCAGUGGCAGCCCUGACCUUCUAUGAUAUGUGCAAGGCUGUCACCCAUGACAUCGUCAUCCAGGAGCUCAAGCUGCUUAGUAAGGAUUUCCAGCAGGCCACCUGA